UGUACACAGCCCCUUUUUGGCUGUCGUUUCCUCCUCACACCGGGCGCUGCCAUCUUCACCGGGGCGGAAGAGUCGCGGAGAGCGAGGUGUUGGCUUGAGGUCGCCUGCGGGCCCCGGCCGAGUCGUGUCGGGCUAUUCCCAGACUCAGACAUAUUUGAAAAGGGGAAAUGGAUGGUGGUGUCCCAAAACCAGCUGCAGUAAAUGGCGUCACCAUGAAAUCACAGCUUCAGGUUACAGUCAUAUCGGCUAAGCUGAAGGACGGCAGAAAGAACUGGUUUGGUCCAAGUCCAUACGUGGAGGUGUCAGUCGACGGUCAGUCCAAGAAAACCGAAACCAGAAAUAACACUCACAGCCCAAAAUGGAAGCAGCAUCUCACUGUGAUUGUUACCCCAUUCAGUGUGUUAAAUUUUCGGGUGUGGAGUCACCAGACUCUAAAAUCAGAUGCUUUACUUGGUAGCGCAUCCCUGAACCUGCAUGAGACCCUGCUUGCAAAUAACAUGAAAUUGGAAGAAGUGGUUGUGAGUUUACAGCUACAAGGUGAUCGGGAAACAGUCGGUGACUUAUCGGUGUGUCUUAAUGGACUGCAGGUUGAUCCGGAGAUCUUAACAAACGGUGAUGUCACUUUUGUAUCGGAUAAUGCCAGAACUCAGACUGACCCAACUUCUACCAGUAUGGAUACUGCCGAUGGUACAACUCCUAAUGAUAACAUGUCAACCAAUGGCACCAAUUCACCAUCUCUGUCCAAUGGAGGCUUCAAACCUAGCAGGCCCCCAAGACCAUCACGGCCCCCUCCACCAACCCCUCAGAGGGCAUCCAUUUCAGCAUCUCCCAAUGGUGUCUUUCUAAACAACUCGGAUGCUUCAGUGAACAUACCAGGUAGCAGUGUGGCACCUGAAACAGACCCACCAUCUACUGCAGUACCCGUGUCCAGACAGAUAGCUCCAGUCAACAUUGAUAACCAGAGGAUUCCACCUGUCACCCAAGGGGCGCUACCGCCUGGUUGGGAGCAGCGUGUAGAUCAACAUGGACGUGUUUAUUUUGUGGACCAUGUUGCAAAAAGAACCACAUGGGAUCCACCAGAGCCUCUCCCCCCUGGGUGGGAGCGACGUGUAGACCACAUGGGUCGGAUCUACUAUGUUGACCACAUAACACGGACUACCACAUGGCAGAGACCUACUAUCGAAUCUGUUCGCAACUACGAACAGUGGCAGCAUCAACGAAACCAGCUGCAGGGAGCAAUGCAACAGUUCAAUCAGCGUUUCAUUUAUGGGAAUCAGGAUUCAACACAGAACAAGGAGUAUGACCCACUUGGACCAUUACCUGGUGCAUGGGAAAAGAGAACUGAUGCCAAUGGCAGGGUAUAUUUUGUCAAUCACACAACGCGGACAACUCAGUGGGAGGACCCGAGGAAUCAGGGGCAGAUGAAUGAAAAGCCAUUACCAGAGGGCUGGGAGAUGAGAUUUACAGUGGAUGGUGUCCCCUAUUUUGUUGACCACAAUAGAAGAACCACCACCUACAUUGAUCCUAGGACUGGAAAGUCUGCCCUGGACAACGGGCCACAGAUUGCAUAUGUGCGAGAUUUUAAGGCAAAGGUGCAAUACUUUCGGUUUUGGUGUCAGCAACUGUACAUGCCGCAGCAUGUCAAGAUCACUGUCAAUAGGAAAACUUUGUUUGAGGAUUCUUUUCAGCAGAUAAUGAGUUUUAACCCACAAGAUCUUAGGAGGAGGCUGUGGCUUAUUAUUCCUGGAGAGGAGGGUUUGGAUUAUGGAGGAGUGGCAAGGGAGUGGUUCUUCCUUCUCUCCCAUGAAGUUCUGAACCCCAUGUAUUGUCUGUUUGAGUAUGCUGGGAAAGACAACUAUUGUCUGCAGAUAAAUCCUGCCUCUUAUAUUAAUCCUGAUCACUUGCGCUACUUCAGGUUUAUCGGCAGGUUUAUCGCCAUGGCUUUGUUUCAUGGCAAAUUCAUAGAUACUGGUUUCUCGUUACCAUUCUACAAACGUAUACUUAACAAGCCAGUGGGGUUGAAGGAUUUGGAAUCUGUGGAUCCAGAGUUUUACAAUUCCCUGAUCUGGAUAAGGGAGAACAACAUAGAAGAAUGUGGUCUGGAGAUGUACUUCUCAGUGGAUAAGGAGAUUCUUGGGGAAGUAAAAAGUCACGAUCUGAAGCCAAAUGGGAGCAACCUCCAGGUGACCGAGGAGGACAAAGAGGAAUAUAUCAGGCUGGUGGCAGAGUGGAGACUGUCUCGAGGCGUAGAAGAACAGACUCAGGCUUUCUUUGAGGGUUUCAAUGAAAUUCUUCCCCAGCAGUACCUGCAGUAUUUUGAUGCCAAAGAAUUGGAAGUUCUUCUGUGUGGUAUGCAGGAAAUAGACCUUAAUGACUGGCAAAGGAACGCCAUAUACCGGCACUAUACAAGAACCAGCAAGCAGAUUGUUUGGUUCUGGCAGUUUGCAAAAGAGAUUGACAAUGAGAAGCGCAUGAGACUCCUUCAGUUUGUUACUGGCACUUGUCGUUUACCAGUUGGAGGCUUUGCUGACCUCAUGGGGAGCAAUGGUCCUCAAAAAUUCUGCAUUGAGAAGGUCGGGAAAGAAAACUGGCUGCCCAGGAGUCACACAUGUUUUAACCGCCUGGACCUCCCACCUUACAAAAGCUUUGAGCAGUUGAAAGAGAAGCUACUGUUUGCAAUAGAGGAGACGGAAGGAUUUGGACAGGAAUAAGAAGCCCUCCACAUAUCCUCCAGGCACAAUGCUGCAAGUGUGAACACUGCUGAUUCCCGUCCCUGGCCUCUUUCCACCUGUUCAAGCCGAGCAAGCAUCCAUUUUUUUAAUCUGUUUCAAUUACAUCUUUCCAAACAUCUCCUUUCUAAUGUAAACUUCACACACGUCUCAUACCGUGAAAUAUGACCUGUCCAUCUGAACAGACAAGUGCACCAAGGUGUAGAUUUUUUUUUUUUUAUCAGUCUUCCAGCCAUGCCACGAUUUCCUCCUGUGAAUAAACUCUUUUUACAUUGACAAUGUUACGCCACAGGAUACUCACAGCCCAUUGAGCUGUAUAUAGCCAUAUUUAUUAUGCACUACGGGAAGGUGUCCUGUGGAGUAAUAGGAGACAGCAAAUCAUACCAAAAGCGGCACAGAAGAUUUCCCCUGGAAACUAGGAAGUUGUCUUCACAUCUACAGAAGGGUGCAGUUCCACCCUCUUGGAUGUACAUCAGGUCAGCAGAUGGUGCUCCCCGUGAGUCAGCUAGAACUGAUAACAAAUGUUGACGUAGUCAGUGUAAGAUAAAAAAAAAUCCUUUUCCCAAGCUGUGGUUUCGGAAAAUGGCAGUCAAUAUUAUAAAAGAUUUGUACGGUGAAGUAAAUGAUAUAAUAAGUAACAUAACGUAAACCAAACCUGUUUUAUUUAGAAGGCACAGUGGCCUUUGAUCUGAAAUGAAUUGUUCUUUCUGAUCACGGUUCUGUUAUUGUCCCCAUGAAGAAGUGUUCCAUCAUGAAGUAAAAGAUUCAGCUUAUAGGCUCACUUCAUGAAGCUUUACAUAAGGAUAUGGAUCUUGAUUUACAACCAUGUGGACUGUAAUUUUGAAAUCUCAUUGCAUUCGGCUGAAAAUCACUGUUGCUUUUUGAAAAUAGGUUUCUUCUCCUGGUGUUUUAGCUGUGUGAAUUUUGCAAAUUGUGUCUUAAUUAUUUCUCUAGAAGGAUUCAACACUGACUUCUGACAUGCUGACCUGUACAUUAACUGUGAGACUGCUUAAAGGGAGCAUGUUAGAAUAUAAAUAUGGGAGCUGCCAUUGCUGGGGCUGUCAUUCUCAUCUUUGCUGGCCUGGAAAAAUGGGGGCAAUAUAUUCAAAACUCCUGACCUGUAUGCUUAUGCUUAGGCAGGUGACUC